CGACACCAAGCAAUUCCCCUCUUUUUUUUGUUUUUUUUUGUUUCUGUGAUUAAAAAGCUGUGCUGGUGGGAACAUCGCUGGUAGGCAAAAGGAGCGACGCUUCAUAUCUGCUCUUUGUCGCAGGUUGAAGAUUUUCUCAGAGGAGAGCGUUCCGCUGUUUGGACCCCCGCUCCCGUCUCCGCCUGUAUUUACCGAUCACCAAGAAUUCAGGGACUUUUUAUUAGUCAAAUUAAUCAAUGGAGAGAAAGCCACACUGGACACGCCAACGUUUGCCCAGAAGCGCCAGCGGACCCUGGACAUGUUGAUCCGCUCGCUCUACCAAGACCUCAUGCCUGACCUGCACAAGGUUCCUUUUUCCCCCCAGAACAUGUUGAACCGGCGGUCCUUCAGCGACGUGCUGCCCGAGUCGCCCAAGUCGGCGCGCAAGAAGGAGGAGGCGCGGCAGGCCGAGUUCGUUAGAAUAGGGCAGGCUCUGAAGCUGAAGACUAUUGUGAGAGGAGACGCCCCAACCAGCCUUGUUACCACCGGCCUUUGCAGAAAAGAGCCAUGGGAGUCCCAGUCCUUCUGCAGCACAUUCCCCUACGAGAUCGUGUGUGCCGACUCCUGGGGUCAGUCCCUGCUGGCUGCCACCGACGCGGCCGGGGUCCUGCUGCUAGAUGGUCCCGAUCCCGCCUCGCCCAACGCUGAGACGCAGGCCGUGCCGCCAGUUCAGGUGUUCGACAAAACCAUGGUGGUGAAGCAGGUGCACGUUCUGGAGCCUCAGGAUCUGCUCAUCACCAGGGCCGACAAAGGGAAGGACGCUCGGCUCUACGUGCACAGGCUCAGCACGCUCAAGAGAGGCCUGGAAGAGAGGCAGCUCGUCAGAAGCAAGUGUGACAGCCGGGAGAAUAAACUGGAGAAAACCAAAGGCUGUCAUCUGUACUCCAUCAACACCCACCACGGCUCAGAGCUGAGGAUUGUGGCCGCCAUCAGGAACAAACUCCUCCUCAUCACCAGGAGGCACCCGCGCUUUGAAGGCGUGAGCGCCGUCGCCCCGGCGGCCGACUCCCCCGUGGAGGAGUUUCAGUACAUAAGGGAGAUCUGCCUUUGCGACCCGCCGGUGGUGAUGGCGCUGGUGGACGGGCCGACGGGGGAAAACGACAACAUGAUCUGCGUGGCCUACAAGCACCAGUUUGACCUGAUCAACGAGAGCACCGGCGACGCCUACCGGCUGCAUCACGUGGACGCCAACAGGGUCAAUUUUGUAGCAGCCAUCGAUGUGUAUGAAGACGGAGAGGCGGGUCUGCUGCUGUGCUACAACUAUAUUUGCUACUACAAGAAGGUUUGUCCGUUUAACGGCUCCACGCCGAUGAUCCAGUCCAACACCUCCGACUUCCACUUCAGCUGGAACCAGAUGCCAAAUGCCAUUGUCUGUGCAUUUCCGUACAUCCUGGCCUUCACCACGGACUCCAUUGAGAUCCGGCUGGUCGUUAACGGCAACCUGGUGUACACAGCGGUGGUCCCGGAGCUACAGUUGGCCGCCUCGCGGUCAGACAUUUAUUUCGUCUCCUCGGCUCCGGUGAGCUCCGCCUCCAACUGCAGUUCCAGAGACACCAGCUCGCAGAGCUCCCCUCAGACGCCCACCGGCUACGAGAUGCCCGCGUUCCCCUCGCCGCUCGGCGACGAUUCUAUACGGAUCCCCUAUGGUACCAAGCUUUCCCUGUACAUGUCUAAGGAUGCCGAAGGUGAACCGGCAUGUAAGCACAUGUUCAAGAUCCCCCUGUGUAACUUGGUGGGGCGCAGCAUCGAGAGGCCCCUCACGUCCCCUCUGGUGAACAAGGUGCUGACGGCGCCGGGCCCCGCCGCGGCCCCCCCGACGCCGCUCAUCGCCGCCACGCACUCGCUGUCCCUGUCGCGCAUGGAGAUCAAGGAGAUAGCCAGCCGCACGCGCAAGGAGCUGCUCGGCCUGACGGAGGAGCCGAGUGGAAAGCCAGACGGCGGGUCGGUCAGACAGAGGAAGAUGAGCAAGAAGAACGCCGAGGACGACCCCAAGGCGCGGGCGCUGACGUCGACCAACAGCGACAGGUUAUCCUCGGAGUCCGUGGAAGAAGACCUGGAGCUGCAGCUGCGUCGCUCGCCCAGCUCGGAGGCCGAGCCGGAGAUGGUGGAGAGCCCGCCCCUCGCCAGCGCGUUCGGCCUGUCCGCGUCCUUCGAGGAAGAAGUCCUGGACCUAAAGUGAAGAGACGAGACAAUCCCCACCCUGCACUUCUUCUGCCCCCCCUCCCCCCCACACUUGUGUACUGUCACUAUUACUUUAAUUGUUUUAAUCGAUUUUUGAUUUUUAAAUGAAUUUUUUGGGGGUCCUUUCUCUUGCCUCUUUUUUUGUGGUCGUUUUGCAUCCCCGUGUCUCUGGUUUCUCCCCCCCCCCCCCCCCUCCCCCCAUUCAAUACAAGAAAAGAUGAGUGUGAGCGCACCCUCGGCCACAGAGAAUAAACCCAAAGAGGCGGUUGAGGUUGUGUCAGAUGCCGGGGUUCACUCGGCCUCCAGAUGAUGGUACCGGUUUGACCCCAAAAACACAAAAGUGAAUGUAAAUCUGCGCACACCGAGGCACGACGACAAAAAUCUCUGCGUUCACAAUUCAAUUCAAUAGAGCUUAUUAAUGUGUUCUGUAUAUUCUGUGAUUAUUUCCGAUUUCACUCUUAAAUGUUGUACGAUAUGCUACGUAUGUGUACAUCUGUUUAUACACGAAAAUGCACAGGCAGCGACGGGGCACGUGAUGCCUGUGAUGCAUAUUUAUAGAUAUAUUAUAAAAAUCAAUUUUACUCCCAAUAUUUAGCGAAAGUAUGACUUUUUAUGCUCACCGCACACGCUUCGGUUCAUCAUUCUCCGUAAUCACAAGUGUGCAGGUCGACGCGGCUGGAGGCAAAGUCUUCCACGAGGGCCACUUCCCAGCAUCCUCCACUGAACCACUCCCCUCACAGCCACCCGACACCCCCCCCCCCCCCCCCCCCCCCCCCGGUGUCUUGACAGUAGCAGCCGUGGUUGUGGUCCUCAUCAGAUUACUACUACAUGGCGUCCAACAGCUCCAUUCAGGGUGGGUGGACUCACUUACCGGAAGGUCCUCUCUCAUGAGAAUGAGGGCGUACUUAAAACUGCAUGACCUGCCUUUUUGCUACCUGUAAUGUGACUUCUGCUCCUUAAUCGCUUCCAUGGAAAAAAUUGUAUCGUCUGCCAACAUCGUAACAAAUAUGAAAGCAAACCUGGCGUGGGACAGAAGUGCGGGCGGUUUUUAACUGGGAACCAUUUCAAAUGCACCCAAGGGAAAAAAUUCUGAAUCGAGAGUUUUAUUCGUCACAAUCUUCCUCCGUUCAACUCAAAAAACGAUGAAGUGGAGUGGUGGUUAAACUCUUUGAACCUAAAACUGUCAAACUUCAUUUUCCCUCAUGCGUCCACCAUUCAACGUUGCGCGUGCACAGAAAUUUCAGGAGAAAGAAUUCAAGUGAUUUUGCAAUUGAGAGAACUCCCAUCCCGGAGCAGGUCAAAGUGAGGCGGUGGGUGAGGCCCAGGGAGAAAAGCCUUCGGGGUCCCAAUGGUGGUUCUGAUUUUUGCCCGUGGUGAGCAGGAGGAACUUGCACGAGCCUCCCGCUCUUCACGCCGUCCCUCCGUCCUCCCGCCCGUCUCCGUGGGAACACACUAGAACGCAAACUCUACUCUGCACAAGACUAGAAGAGGGAAGCAGAAGAAGGGGCAGGAGGGGCGGGCUCUUUUUUUAAGCAGGUACUUCAGUGUUUAUCACUCUGGGUGAGUGCGGGUGACUCGGGGUCCGUUUACGGAUUGUGACACUGCUUCCCCCCACCUUUUAGUGUUCCUUCUUCUCUUGUAUUUCUGUCCAGUACUCUUUGUUCCUACCUCCCCUUGGCAUUUUCACUGUUUUUUUUUUUUGUUCCGUUCUUUGUAUUUUUAAUCAAUAUUUCCUGGUUAGACUGUUGCUGAACCUCUCUGUGAUAUCAAAAUGAAAGAAAAUGGACAAAAAAAACACCAAGUGUCUUAAAAUAUUGUAUCGCCAUUGUUUUUAAUGCCAAGUACUACUUGUAAAUGUUUGUGUAUCAAAUGUGGCCUCAAAUGAAACUGAACUAUAUUAUUAAUAUUAUGAAUAUUAUUUGAGCAAUUAUUUUAAACAAGUGCUGUAGACCACUGCUGUGAAAGUAGUCGAUUCUGUUUAAUUGAUAUGUAAUAAAUAUUUAUGAAAAUAUUG